CGAACCCCAGACCCACUGGAGAGUAGGACCCAGUCCAACCCACUACGCCACCGCACCCCCCCAAACCAAUAGACUCGAGCAGAUAAUGGAAAAGUAAAUGCACCUCUCUCCAGCGCUGCGAACAGGUGAACUGCGAGUGACUCUUUGGAGAAAAGGGCGUAGAAAAUUGCUCCUGAUACUGUCGUUAACUGCUGGGAGGGAAUUCAGUGGGGUGAAUGUCUACCUCUGAAGCACUCAGACCAGUAAUGUUUCAUGACAGUUUUCAAUUUCAAAAUAAUGAACCCUAUUGUUUGGUGCGCAUUUAGUUGGCGGUAUACGGUAAUUUUGCGUAUACGGCAAUGUGCGCAUGUCCGGCUAAACAAAUAUGUCUGCGCCCAUACAGACAACGAGACGUGAAGCCAUUUGUGGAAUUCAUUCAUUUAAUUCGAUGACAGAAAACGUUAUUAGAGUAACCAGAUGUCACGCGAAGAUACAGUUUAGCGGCGAGUGACUGUACUGUAUAUAAUGUAAUAUGAGCGGUUUAAUUCAGGAAGUUUAUAGUAUUUAGUCACAUAACUUACAGUCCGCGAAGCCGAAGCCUCUUGACUUGUGUGAAGUUGUGUCAAGAUUCCCUUUUCUUACCCUGAGUUAUGAUGCCCCUGGUUUGCGUGUCAUUUUCAAAGACGAAUGUCCGGCACACUGUGAAUAUGUUAGUCCAUUUUAACGCGCAUUUGCGAGGCCUUUUUUCUCACAGAUGCUUCAUUCGAACCCGCAACCGGCCACUGACAGCCAUUGUUGGGAGCCAGUUUAAAGGUGCGCGUCCAGCGGGCUCUAAAAUGGGGAGGUGCGUUCACACCACAGGGCCGCGGAUGGCCGCCAGCGUGCUGUCCGCCGAGGAGCUCUUCGCAAAGGAGUCGCUGCAGCGGUAUCUGCGCAGGGCGCUGGCCGAGUACAGCGAGUGCGCGCGCGCUGAGGCACGUGCCGGCGGCGAGCGCCGCGCGGACCACGGUGAUGAGGAGCUCAGGAGGAGGAGGAGGGCCAGGGCCACACAGCUGAGACCCCUGGUGGAGCAGGUCCGGAUCCUGGAGAUCAAGCGCAAGGAGCUGGAAGACAUCGAGGCCCUGGCCAAAGAUGACGAUCCUGACAUACGGCAGCUGGCAGCGGCCGAAAAGACGGCCUGCGAAGAGGCUACACGAGACCUGAGGAGAAACAUCCUGUGUCUUCUGGUCCCCGUGGAGAUGGGCGAUGACAGUGACCUGGUCCUGGAGGUGACGGCGGGGGUGGGAGGGCAGGAGGCGAUGCUCUUCACUGCGGAGAUGUUUGACAUGUACCAGAGAUUUGCUGCCUUCAAAGGCUGGGAGUUUGAGACGCUGGAGUACACACCGAGUGACAUCGGUGGGCUACGCCAUGCCUCUGCCACGGUCAGCGGACCGCAGAGUUACAAGACAAUGAAGUUCGAGGGUGGGGUGCACCGAGUCCAGAGGGUCCCCAGAACGGAGAAGCAGGGCCGUAUGCACACGAGCACGAUGACCGUGGCCGUUCUGCCUCAGCCCACAGAGAUCACCCUAAAUAUCAGCGCAAAGGAUUUGAAGAUAGAAACGAAGAGGGCAAGUGGAGCGGGCGGACAGCACGUUAACACCACGGACAGCGCAGUGCGAAUCGUGCACAUCCCUACAGGCGUGGUGUCCGAGUGCCAGCAGGAGAGGUCUCAGCUGAAGAACAAGGAGAAGGCCAUGAAACUGCUGCGUGCCAAACUCUACAGCCUGAAGCUGGAAGAGGAGUCCAGUAAGCGCAAUCAGGCUCGCAAAAUUCAGAUUGGGACCAAAGGCAGAUCAGAGAAAAUCCGGACCUACAACUUCGCUCAGGACCGUGUGACAGACCACAGGAUUGGGAAGACCGUCCACGACGUCAAGAGCUUCCUGCUCGGAGAGGAGCUCUUGGAGGAAAUGAGCCAAUUUCUGCUACAGUUCUCCGAACAGGAGGCUCUGUUGGACAUUUUGGGAGAAGAUGCAGACUGAUGAGUGAUGAGCUGUUACACAGGAAACCCACUUGAUUGUGUUGAACCCUAUGGACACACUCUGCGUGUGAGGAUGCUGAAAUAUAGAGCUGAUCGUUAGUGAGGCCUCUCUACACAAGCGUGCGCUUCU